AUGAAAGAGAAUUUUUCUUCUGCCAUUGAAUCACUUCCUAAUGAGUUACUUACUGAAAUUGUUGCAAGGGUUGCUUCUACUUCUUUUCAGAAUUAUAUCAAUGCUAAGCUAAGUUGCAAAGGAACGAUACGUAUAUCAGAAUGCAACGUUGGCAGAGUUUUCGAUAGAACCUUCGUGGGAGAAGGAAAAGCAAGAGAAGAUAAACAAAGUCGCUUCAUUCUUGGAGUUAUGCAGAGAAUGCGGAAUACAGAAGCUUUAUAUAGAAAGGGCGUGAUGGAUUUCUUUAAAGAUGAUAUGCCAGAACUUGCAAGUGAAUUUCUGAAGAGAGCAGCAAAAGGAGGUCACAUUGGAGCAUUCUAUGUAAUUGGCAUAAUUAUGGUCUUUAUGGGGGAUGAGUUUAAGCAAAAAGGAGUAAAGUUGAUUGGCAACAUGAAAAAUACAAAGCAACUAAGGAAGAUAACAAGGGAGUGUCGAAAGAAGUUAAUCGAAAUCUUGACACAAAUUUGGGUGAAAAAUCCUUUAGUGUUGGGACAAAGACCCAAUCGUUGCACAAUUCAGCAUCAACGCAUUCACAGGAAUGGUUGGCCACAUGACAGUGAAGAUGAAGACGAAGAUAUGGAUGUUCAUUGUGAUGCUUGUAGCUGUGAUGUAGAAAUUGAUCAUAUCAUCAGUGUUUUACCUAAAGUUGACGUGUAUUAG